GGACACACACACACACACAGGGUCUUAAAAACAUACACGAGGACACACACACAAAUACAGGGUCUUAGAAACAAGGACACACAUCUGCUCUCAAGCCACCAUUGCUAUGCAGCGGACUAGCAUUUUAUAUAUAAUAAAGUUUUAGAAAUGUUUCGAAAUAAGGCCUGUGGCGUGGUAGUUAUCAUACAUAAUUGCUUCCGCAUUCGAUUCUGUUCUAUAAUGCACGUAUAUGUCGUCUCCGUAUAGGCUUUAGACCCAUUCUAUCUAUAUGUCUGUCGCUAUUCCUCUGCUGACAGCGAAAAAUAACGGACUACAAAGCAAGUCACUUAUCUAGCUAGCUAGCUAAUGCAUCACCAAUUUCACAGGCGGUGCCUUCCUGAGCAGGAGCUAGCUUUACCUUACCUAUCAUGUAUCACAAGUGUUCUCACAACAACCAAGCAGUUAACUUAAGUAAAUGCAUCGAUUACCCAAUGAUUUGAUAGCCACAAUCUGUUGAAAAAAUGUAAAUCAGAUAUUUUAAGUGCUACAGCUGUAACAUUAGGAAGAACUUCGGGGUGUAAGUAAAGAGGUGUCUGUAACCAUGGGUACCACUCUAGAGUCCCACAUGCUGUUUGAGGCAAGCUACACGAUGUAUGGAUAGGCUAGUCUGGUUUAGCAUAUUGGUAACAACAUCUUUAUUUUUACGAGACAAGACAACAGGUGGUUACAAAAGACCGACUGAUAACUACAUUUUAACUUACCAAACGGUUCGCCUAAGUUUUCUCCUGGCAUUGUUUCGUUCACACCUUAUUUUCCCCGAUUUUGCGAAAACCCAUUUAUUUUUCCAUAGGGAUGUAUUCUUUGGAAUGAGGAAGUGUUAACAUUCUAACACUAAAACUACAAACUUUCGGUCGAAUUCAACACUCUAUAAAGAUAUAGGUUAUUAUCAGAGGAUUUCUAGACAGGCUCUGUUAUUAUAUAAGCUAUUUAUAUUGUAUAAACUAUUUGUAACACGGACACAGCCACCGUUUAGUGAACUGGUAACCAUGGUAACGGGAAUUUGUUUUCCUCCACAGUUGUUUCUUCUUUGCCAACUGAUGUAAGGAAACUUGUAUUGGUGCGGAAACUCAUUUUAGCCUGAUUUCUGUACUGCAGCGAUAACAAUUGGAGAAACUGCUUGUUUAAUUGCACAGGACGUGGUCGAUUCAAUCUGUUUCUCUGCUGGUGUUCAUUGUGGCCUGUUUAUUAAAACAGCGCUCCAAGUCAUGUCUAACACCGAGAAGGUUCUCAUCACUGAGACGGAUGGAUCCACAGCGCUCAAGAACGCCACCUUCACAGACCCCUACGAAAAUGCUGUCAGAUACAUGGAGAAACACAACAUAUUACAGAUGUUUCAGGAAAUAGCUGAGAAGCUGGUGUUCGACCGACCAAGAGACCCACUGCAGGCCAUGCUGGAACAGGUUCAAAGGAAGAUCAAGGACCGGGAGGAGUCAAGGAAAUCUGAAUGAAAAGGAGGUUUUGAAAAAUCGAAAUAAAUGAAAACAAUAAGCAA